AUGAACGAUCGGAUCAAUUUCACGCAUCUGUUUCCUGGCAUAAAAGCAAGCUUAUUGAUUAGUGACUCGCCUGCGAAUGCUCUGUAUAUUGAUUUCCAUAAGACGAUGAUUGCAUCAGUGACGCUGCUUGACAAAUCGAACAUCUACAGCAUCCCGAAGAGUCAAAACACUCCGGUUCCUUGUGUUGUUAUGAUUUUGACAUCACCAGCUAAAGUAACUGAUGUUCUUCUGAACGAAAGAUGGCGGGAAUUUGGCCAGUUCUUUGUAAUUAUUGAUGGUGCAAGCGAUGGAUGCUCCAAUGCUCAAUUGUUCUUGAAGGAAGCUUGGAAAAAUGACGUAAUUAACACUAUUUUCCUGUGCUGGGAACAGGUUUAUAAGCUGUUUAGCUACAAUCCGUUCAGUGAAUUCGCACCUGCUUCAUGGCAGAAGGUUGAUGAAGUUCAGAAGGCUGGUAGUCGCUGGACGAUGUUCAGCCAAAACUUCAGUGGAGAUUACGUGACCCACAGAAAUUUGUUCUUUGACAAGACUCGAGAUCUUCAAGGACACCCUGUUAGAGUAAGUUUCUCUGCCAUUCCUCCCUAUAUAGUAAGUAAGGUUAAAAAUGAAAUGAAGACUGCUGAAGGCUUUGACUAUGAAAUGAUCAGAUUUGUGAUGAACAAGCUAAACGCGACUCUUGUGUUCAAUGAUGUCCUCAAAGUUAUAGGCCAGUUUGACAACGCAACUAACAAGGGAUUGUUAUGGCAAGUUGGUAGUGGAAGAAUAGAUUUGGCGAUGGAUUCGUUGUUCCUGAGGAACACUGACAAAAAAGCAGAGUUCACAUAUCCGAUCCAUCACUUCGACUUGUCCGUGAUUACAGAAUACCGCGAGUUGACUGUCUUUGCUGGGAGAAUGUUUUCUUUUCUGCCCUUGUCGAUAGUUGCGCUUUUCUUGGGCACGAGUCUCUCGAUCUUUGUUCUGCAACGAUACGUCCUAAAACAGCCGUUCUCUAGGAAUAUCAUCGACACCAUCCGUAUCUUCCUGAGCUUGCCAUUGCCUAGCUUACCGCUGGAAAUUCGCGGAAAGAUAAUAUUUGUAUGUACAAUACUUGGUUUUAUGAUUGCCAACAAUAUCAUACAAGCGAAUAUGAACACAGUAUUGAGUUCUAAAAGCGCGGCGCGAGCUAUAGAAAACAUUGAAGAUUUGAAUAGAUUUAACUACAGUGUUCUAGCUGGGGAAGCAAGUGCCCCAGCUUUGAAGCGCAUUGGCAUAAAGAAUGUUAAGCUCAUUAUUGGAACUGUAAACUGCUCCCAGCUUCAAGAAAAUCAGGCGUUUGGUGGAAAGGUGUUGGUCCUUCAGACAUUGAUGACCGAAAACUGUCAUAUACUGAAGAAGCCUGUAAUAUCAGGGAUCUUCUGCACAUACUACACUCGUCGCAAUUGGCCUAUAUUUCCGCAAUUUAAUAAGAAACUUUCAAUGUUGUUCGAAGGCGGUUUCACGGGUCAUGAAAUCAAAAGAUUACUAAAGACAUACAAACAGUCAAGGCGUAAGGAGCCUGAUAACUAUCAAGUGAUAACUAUGGAUCACAUGGAAAACAUCAUUUACAUUUUUAUUGUCAGUAAUUUUGUUUCGGUAAUUGUAUUUUUUUUGGAAUUAUGUUUCGCGAAAAUCAUGAAUGAUAAUUUAAACGUUUUUAAAUUUAUGAAGGAAUAA